GAGCGCCCACCAACUUACCUACCUCCACGCAAACCUAAUACCCUUUAAACAGCCAGGUAAUUUAUUCACAAUGUUUCCUGCUCGGAUUCUCCUUCUCGCCCUCUUCUCCACUGUCGUAUUAGGGAACGUCGAGAAAGCAAUUUUCGUUGCCCCCUCGAACCCACAAGAUCUGCUAUUCAACGGUGCAAAUUCUACAGAGAGACUUGAGGCUCUGUAUCCCGGACUCCUGAAACUCAACCCAUCACCUACCUGUGAAGGCAUAUGCCAUCAGCUACGUGUUACCUUGGACACUUCUUUCAUAGGUUCUGGCGAGAGGCAUUGGGUGGCACUCGAUCACCUUGAGCAAGGAAAGAGAUAUGAGGUUCGGAUAUGCUGGGCUGCGACGGUACCUUCCCCCACAAAACCUUAUGUUACAACUUAGUUCACCACGUUUACAUCACGAUGCUAUGAACUCAUUGACUAAUUACCGAGUAUCCUUUUAGUCACCGACCGAUUUUACUCUAAAUAUAUACACAGCAUCACAGCUACUCGACAAUCCCUCGCUUUUUGCGAAUAUGACAGCUUAUGCUUUUCAUCGACUGUCACUUAGUCCUAUCAGCGAGCUAUAUGCUCCUUCUGCAGCUCCCCGUUCCGUUUUGUACCUAGAUAUACAAGCCAAAGCAGGUUAUUAUACACACGAAAAACCUCGCAUGGAAUCCCCAGAUCCUGUUGAAGUUGAAAUAAGUAUGUUUCCACCAGACUAUCCAAGCCCACUAAAUAACGAGUUCUAGUUCUCGACCCCUUCAUCCUUAACGUCCUUCCCGAAUCCUUGCUACCAACUGUUGUUAUGAUUGUCCUUAUAACACUCUUCGCGUUUUGGGCGAGUGGAAGAGUUUAUAACGCUCUAAGGAACAUUGCCUCUUUAAAGUGGUCUCGGUACGAUAAGAAAACUCGUUGAAGAGCUGCCCCCCGGCGAUAUCCCCAGUCCAGCAAAGCCAGCAGGAGUAGCACGUGCUACUGAUCUCAUCUCAGCAUUAGAAACUACACCCUCAACUUUGGAUUGAUUAAGCCCCCCCAUUCGUAAAUAUACUUCCAUAUUAUCGUUCACCCAGCGGGAUUCUUUUGCACAACCCUUCGUCUUGAAAAUAGUUAUUACACCACUAUAGCAUUAUUAUAAACUCCAUCUGAAGAAAUUAGCACCUGAAGCGAGCAUAACGAACUAGGGCUCUUUUUACAGGCCAGACUCAUGCUCACACCCAUUAGGCCGUAUCGCACGUUAACGAAGAGUUGAAGCAACAAUACUCCACAAAUGUGACCGGUGUCGUAUCUGCAUACCGAUAGCGGUCCGCUAUUCCCGGCGGAAGGCCGCCGGUAUUACUACAGAGGGAUCUGCAAUUUCUGCACUAGGACUUUAAGGUCCUCUUUGCUGCUUACCAGUGCUCAGACACAGUUAUAAUUGCACUCUUACUGUAUACCGGCAACACAUACCGGUAUGCAAAACAAUUGGCAAGCUCAUAAACGAACUAAUAUGAAAAAUUCACUUAGGGUGGGCCUCCUGCUAAACCUUCCCUCAAGGUACUUGGGAGUGGCAGUAGGGAUCGGAAGACGUGAGAUUUUAUGAUAUCAGUAGAAAAAGCCUUCCGAUUUUUACAGAGUUCCUCGAGUACCGCUACCAUUCUCGAACAUGCCACGAGCGCUAUACACUGCCUUCACUAGGAAGUCUUCAAUGGAUUGGAGAUUCUGCUUGGAGUUUGCUGAGGGCAGGUUGAAAGAGCCCUCCGAGAGUCCGGGGUUUCAGCGCAUGAGCGACCGGUGCGACCAGAUACCCACAGAAGCUCAAGGGGAGUAUUAUACCCUAGAUACCGGUAUCAUAAUAUCAUAACGUUGUAUGAUAUAAUACGGCAGUCUUGAACCUAGAACUCCGAGGUCGAGUGACGCCAGUGGGUAGGGCUGAGCCCUGGAGAUAACAUGUGACUUUGGUUUCCCAAAGCAACAUUUACCCCACGCACCCACCCGACACCACACCAAAAUUUCGACAACAAGACCAGACGACGACAAACAGCAUUGUUAAACGCCCAACUACCCUCAACCAAUAAUUACGCCGACAAGAUGAAGUACAUUCACAGCCAGGAGUCUCUCACCAUUCCCGAGGGCGGUGAGUUUAUUUCUCUCCUCGAUUUUUUGUUUCCGGAGGACUACGGUGAAAAUUGGGAAAGGAAGAAAAAAAAUUGGCAGCAAAGGAAAGCUACAGGAGAAAGAAACAAAUAUAUGCGGAAUCCUCUACACCGCUAGAGGCGAAUAGCAACUGGAGGGGGAUAGAGACUGACUUCUGGUUUCUCUUGUUAGUCGAUAUUAGCAUCCGUUCUCGCAUCGUGACCGUAAAAGGCCCCCGAGGCGAGCUAAAGAAGGACCUUAAGCACCUCGCAGUUUCUUUCGAGAACCCCGCCAAGAGCAAAAACUCCAUCCUUAUUUCACUCCAUCACGGAAAUCGCAAGAACGUUGCUGCUCUCCGUACUGUCAAGUCGCUCAUUCAUAACAUGAUCAUUGGCGUUACGAAGGGUUACAAAUACAAGAUGCGCUACGUCUACGCCCAUUUUCCCAUCAACGUCAACAUUGAUAAGAACAAGGAGACUGGGUGUGGGGAGGUUGAGAUUCGGUGGGUCAAAUUGCUAAUUCGUGCAGAGGAGGAUGGCAUAGAUCUUGCAAGGGAGGAUGCUGGAAUGGAUGGAUUGUUGCAUCCAUGAUGGCUAUUUCAGCUUGCUUGGUCUAAACCAUACCUCCUUUUCUUUGCCCGAAUUAUGGAUGACCAUUAAUCUAACGUUCCGCUUUCCAGCAAUUUCAUCGGUGAAAAGAUCGUUCGCCGUGUAACUAUGCACCCAGGUGUCGAGGUUGAAACCAGCUCAAACGUCAAGGAUGAGAUUGUCUUGACUGGAAACUCUCUCGAGAACGUGUCUCAGUCCGCUGCUGAUAUCCAACAAAUCUGCAGAGUUAGAAACAAGGAUAUCCGAAAGGUAUGCGACCCCAACAUCCUAUUCACAUAAUAACCGCUGAAGAAAUAUUUGUAAUUUAGUUCUUGGACGGUCUGUAUGUUUCUGAGCGCGGUAACAUUACCGAGGGCUAAACGGUGGGCAGUCAUGGAAGGUAAAAAAUGAAAAUUAUCUUUCGCUAAAUAAAAAGGGAGUUGGGACAUCCCAAUCCUAACUACUCCUAUCUCUCUUUAUUCUUCUAGUUUCCUAAUUUGUUCUACAACGGUGUUACUCUUUUUUUUUUUUUUUCCAUUGGUCUCGAUUGGGGUGGAAUAAAUACGAUGUUCCAUUAUCCAGUUGAUAUAUAUCCACCAUACCAAUCCCAGCCUUGGGUGAGUGAGGAUGGGUUAUGAUCGAGAGUUGUGGUUCGCUACUUAGAAAAAUAAUAAUCUGGUGCUUAGGCGGGAGUUCGGAGAUGCUAGACUAAUAAUUCUAGACUUUGGUCCCU